AUGAAUGGAACAUUGAUAUCAUCGCUACCAAAAUCAACCGAUAGCACAAGAACAGUGACGAAAGUGAUUUUCUCUUUGACAGCCACUUUAGCACUCAUUGGAAACCUCAUGGUUUUGGUGCUGUUUGCUCGUUUUCCAAAAUGGCUAAAGAAGAAACAUUGUCAGUGUAUUCUUAAUCUUGCCGUCACUGAUAUUUUGACCGCCAUAUCUCUGCUCGUCGUGCCAAAAUUUGUACAAGAUCCGGACGCCUAUACAGUUCCUUUAGGUAAGAAAAAUGAUAAUUUGGUUGAUAUCCAUAUGAUUAAUUUCUUACUAUACGUUUUUGCAAACACUGCAGAACGGCCUGUGAGUGACCACCUGCAACCACUACGUGUGUGCUGAUUGGUCAAUAGCUUACAACUAAAUACGGAAAUCAAGCAACCUGCAUCCCAGCAAAUAACACUGUUAACUGCAGGUUGAGCCAGCGGUAUGUAAUUUUACGGCAAGCGGUACGCCGUUCCUAACAGGCCAAAGUUGUCCGAACUGCUACGUUAUUUAUACAUCAUCUUCACGACUUAUAACCUGAUAACCACGCCAACAUUUAAAACGUUCGAAGUCAUGUGCAGGGACCGCGGAGAAGGGGAGGGGCUUAGGAAGCUUUAGCCCCCCACCUCAAUAAUUUUCCAUACAUGUGAGAAUUUUAUAAAUCGCAGAUGUGUAGUAAAGUCCUAAGAAUUCUGAAAUCUUAAUAACAAUAUAUUUAUCACUUAUAUGGUCAAGUAUUCAACCUAUUUCUGUUUGGAUAAAACAAAUUUCGGCCAAUAUUAGAUUGUUUAAGAGACUUUAUUUUAUUGCCAAUUAGUAAUGAAACUACUUGAAACUAUAAGUUUAUCCUUUAUAUCCGUAUCCUUAUCCUAGGUUACUCCUCACGGGAAUUCUACUGCCGAAUCGUCUGGUCUCAUUUCAUUCCAUUUUCCCUGGGAAUAACCUCAGUGUACACAUGCCUCGUUCUCGCGAUAGAGAGAUGGUUUGCCGUAAUUCGUCCGGUUUUCUACAAAGAAAAGUUCGGUGUACGGACGAUGCAGAUUUUGAUCGUAUGCAGUUGGGUUGCUGGAAUCGCGUUCGAGGCACCCGUAAUCGCACGCGUGGAAGGCUACCAAGGUCCCAACGACUCAAAAGCCAAUUGCAAAUGGACCGUCGAGACGAAUAAACAAAAAUCUUGGGGUCUUGCAAUCUUCUUGUUUGCUGGGCAGACUUUUGUUCCAUGCUGCCUCAUCGUAUUCGCUUAUGUCCAUAUCUUCACCAGGUAA